AUGUUGUCAAGGCUAGCCACACUGCAUCCUACCAGUCCAUCGUUUGCGCGUCCGGUUUCUCUUUUGGCCCGCCUCACCCCAACACAGGACUCUAAGAAUAGAGUCAAGAGGGUUGGUAGAGGUCCAGGUUCUGGCUUGGGUAAGACGUCUGGCCGUGGUCAGAAGGGUCAAAAGGCCAGGUCCUCUGUCCCAGACUGGUUUGAAGGUGGUCAAACGCCCCUUUGGAAAUUGUUCCCAAAGAGAGGUUUCUAUAGACACCAAAAGUUGAUACUUAAUGAGGUGAAACUAUCGACUAUUCAGAAAUUCUACGAGCAAGGUAAGCUGGAAAACGUCAAGCUACUAGAUAUGAAGACAAUGAAAGAUCUUGGCAUGGUUACAGGAUCAAUGAACGACGGGGUUGCUAUUUUGAAAGACACCGAAAACUACACCUGUCCAAUUCCAGUAGAAACAACAAAGGCCACCGGACCUGCAAUUAAAGUCAUUGAAAGCGCAGGUGCAACUUUCACCAGUGUCUACUAUUCACGUGGCGUCGGAUUCAGAGCACAUCAUUCUCCGGAUUGGUUCUUGGAGAAUAAAGGCUACUUACCUCUAAGAGCACGUCCAAUUGCAAGACGUGAUAUACAAUAUUACUCUAAUCCCGAAAAGAGAGGUUAUCUAACUGGUUCCGACUAUAUCAAGAAUAUACAUGUUGGUGGCAAGCGUAUUGAAAAGAAGGUAAAGAAAACCCCAUUGGAUUUAGAAGUUGAAUCAGCCUCGAAGGACAAUUCAAACGGAUCUUUUGUUCGUUCUGCAAUUGUAUCAUUUGCUGACUUGAAACUAUAA